AUGUUGAAAAAAAUAGUUCGUGAGUCCGAUCGCCAAUUGAGAGGUGAAGAUAGAAGCCUUGGAAUAGAGAUCAUCGACAGUUUCAAUAGAGAGGGUCGUUACCAGCUGUGCCUAUUUUUCUUUCUGGCGUACUCCACUAUCAUGGGCUUCGGUCUUGGAGCGGAGAAAGGCCAGCUGCCUCUCAGAGCAUGGUAUCCAUAUGAUGAAAUGAAAACACCGGCUUAUCAAAUCACAUACGUACAUCAGGUGGCAGCACUAUCUAUCGCAGCAUGUGUCAAUAUUAGCAUCGAUAAUUUAGUGACGUCACUAGUCGCGCUUUGCAGCUGUCGUCUGCAGCUCUUAGCGCUGUCUUUGAGAACUCUGAUGGAUGGCUUUUAUGAGGACAAAACUGGUCUGAUAAGUUAUGGAGACGAGGAGAUGGUGCUGUCGCGUCUCCGUAUGUACGUGGUAGAACACCAGGCUGUGUUGGAGUCUGCAGCGAUGAUUCAAGCCUGCUUCUCAGUUCCCAUUCUUGCGCAGUUCACCGUUUCCAUGUUUAUUAUCUGUGUGACGGCGUAUCAAUUGGCUUUUAGCGAGGCGGUGUCAAGGGCGAGUUACGAGUGUCCAUGGUACAAGUGCCGUGCUCGAGUUAGCAAAGCUCUUUUAACUGUCAUGUGCCGGUCGCAGCGAGCGGUCCGCCUUACUGCAGCGGGCAUGGCUGAUCUAUCUCUCGCUACUUUCAUGGCCAUCAUCAAAGCGUCCUACACUUUCUUCACCGUUCUGCAGAGAGUUGGUGAUGGAAAUAACUAG